AUGGUCUCGUCUGGGAAGCCAAUUAAAAAUGGAUACCCUUUGGCCGCGCUUGUGGUAAAAAGUCAAGUUUCGAACUCAUUCUGUGCCGGAAAGAGAACAUAUUUCAACACUUUUGGAGGAGCUCCAGUUUCAAUGACAGCUGGUCUAGCAGUUCUUGAUGUGAUUGAAAACGACAAUCUACAGCAACUUGCACAAGAAGUUGGAGCUUACUUGAAAAAGAAACUUCAAGAGCUACAACUUAAACAUAGGUUGUAUGUUGACGUCAGAGGUCAAGGACUACUCGUAGGCUUUGAGCUCAUUCGGAAUAAAGACACACUUGAGCCGGGAACGAAAGAAGCAGAUGAAUUGCAAGUGCGAAUGAUGAAAGAAAACCGAGUGUUGGUCAAUCUAGACGGGAAGUUCAAUAGUGUGAUCAAAACUAAGCCGCCCAUGUGUUUCUCGAAGAAAGAUGCGGAUACUGUUUUCAAAUCGGCAGAUCGGAUUCUGGGAGAGAUUGAGGCAAGACUGAAACCGAUUGGGAAGCACACUAAAUAG